AUUCUAGGCAACAAAGUAGUAACCACACUCACCUUUUAUAACAUUGUAAUUAGAAAUGUCCUGUUAGCCCCCUCUUGCAUGCAAAUCUCUAUAGAAUUUCCCGAAACGCAUAUUGAUUUUGCUCACUCUCAUCCAGAUCGUCCUCAAAUUUUGAAGAAGUUUAUCCUUGUAGAUGAAUUGAUUUUCACAGAUUUUAUCUGGGUGUCUCAAAAUUCAGAAAGUUUGUUGAUUUUUGCUGGGGGUUUUGUGUUUGUUGUGUAAAGUUAUAACCUUUGAGGAAUUUUUACUGGAAUCCAGAAAUUUUCUUGCCCAAUUGAAACUGGAAGAGUCUGAAAUUUUGGGAUUUUUUAUUAGAUAUGGUGAAUAAUCAGGAGCCAUCUAAAAUUGGAGUUGGUGGGGCACCCAGGCCCUGUGGCACUACGAUUUCAGGUCAAUCAGUGUCAACUAGCAGCAGUGUUGGGUCACCAAGCAGCAGAAGCGAGGCUGCUGUGGUCACUCCCGCCAGUGAGACCACUUUUGCUCAGCUAAAUAACCUUGACAUUCAUGGUGAUGAUGCAAGACCUCAAGAAGCUGCUGGGAAGAAGAAAAGAGGACAACGAGCAUCUGGUGGGGAUAAGAGUGGUAGAGGACUCAGACAGUUUAGCUUGAAGGUGUGCGAAAAGGUGGAAAGCAAGGGAAGAACCACAUAUAAUGAGGUAGCAGAUGAACUUGUAGCUGAUUUUGCUGAUCCUAAUAACACUCUUGCAUCCCCAGAUCAGCAGCAAUAUGAUGAGAAAAACAUUCGACGACGGGUAUAUGAUGCUUUAAAUGUUCUUAUGGCAAUGGAUAUUAUCUCAAAAGAUAAAAAAGAAAUACAGUGGAAGGGUCUGCCACAAACAAGCAUCAAUGAUAUUGAAGAACUAAAGAGUGAGUGUCUUCGAUUGAGAAAUAGGAUUGAAAGAAAAGCGACCUAUUUGGAAGAACUGGAAGAACAGUAUGUAGGUCUUCAAAACAUCAUAAAACGCAAUGAGCAGCUGUAUGGCUCGGGAAACUCUCCAAGUGGUGGUGUAGCUUUUCCGUUUAUAUUGGUUCAGACUCGACCUCAUGCAACGGUAGAAGUAGAAAUAUCGGAAGAUAUGCAAUUGGUGCACUUUGACUUCAACAGCACACCCUUUGAGCUACACGAUGAUUGUUAUGUCCUCAAGGCAAUGAAACUUUGUGAAAGACCAAAGCGUGGUGAUGGAGGGGAAAGCUCCAGCACUCCCAUCGUGCUCCAACCGCAGACCCCUCACCCUCCUGUACCAAGCGUAUCUGGUAUGCCUUCCGUUUCUCCUCCCCUCCCUGGAAUACUCAAGGCACGCAUCAAACAUGAACAUCCUUCAUCGAGCACUUGAUUCGUACUAUGUUGUUGUUGUUGUCAUUUCAUGUCACAUGUAUAUUGUGUAGAAUCCUAUGCAGGAUUUCAGCUCUUGCAACUCAGUCACAUGAUUCUGUAAUU